AUGCCGACAGUGCUAGGAUCUCCAACAGUGCCCAGAAUCUCCUACAGUGCCAGGGUCUCCUACGGUGCCAGGGUCUCCAACAGUGUCAGGGUCUCCAACAGUACAAGAUCUCCAACAGUGCCAGAAUCUCCUACAGUGACAGGAUCUCCUACAGUGCCAGGUCUCUGCAGGAUCUCCAACAGUGCCAGGAUCUCCAAGAAUGCCAGGGUCUCCCUACAAUGUCAGGGGUCUCCAACAGUGCCAGGGUCUCCAGCAGUGCCAGGAUCUCCUACAGUGCCAGAAUCUCCUACAGUGACAGGAUCUCCUACAGUGCCAGGGUCUCCAACAGUGCCAGGAUCUCCUACAGUGUCAGGGUCUCCUACAAUGCCAGGGUCUCCAACAGUGCCAGGGUCUCCAACAGUGUCAGGGUCUCCAACAGUGCCAGGAUCUCCUACAGUGCCAGGGUCUCCUACAGUGCCAGAAUCUCCACAUUGUCAGGAUCUCCUACAGUGCAGAAUCUCCUACAAUGCCAGGGUCUCCAACAGUGCCAGGGUCUCCUACAAUGCCAGGGUCUCCAACAGUGCCAGGGUCUCCUACAGUGCCAGAAUCUCCUACAAUGCCAGGGUCUCCAACAGUGCCAGGGUCUCCUACAGUGCCAGGACAGUGCCAGAUCUCCUACAGUGCCAGGGUCUCCUACAGUGCCAGGGUCUCCCUACAAUGCCAGGGUCUCCAACAGUGCCAGGGUCUCCAGCAGUGCCAGGAUCUCCUACAGUGCCAGUGUCUCCAACAGUGCCAGGGUCUCAGUGCCAGGAUUUCCUACAGUGCCAGAAUCUCCUACAGUGCCAGGGUCUCCUACAGUGCCAGAAUCUCCUACAAUGCCAGGGUCUCCAACAGUGCCAGGGUCUCCAACAGUACCAGGGUCUCCAACAGUGCCAGGGUCUCCAACAGUGCCAGGAUCUCCUACAGUGCCAGGAUUUCCUAGUGCCAGAAUCUCCUACAGUGCCAGGGUCUCCUACAGUGCCAGAAUCUCCUACAUUGCCAGGAUCUCCCUACAGUGCCAGGAUCUCCUACAAUGCCAGGGUCUCCUACAGUGCCAGGGUCUCCAACAGUACCAGGGUCUCCAACAGUGCCAGGGUCUCCUACAGUGCCAGGGUCUCCUACAAUGCCAGGGUCUCCAACAGUGCCAGGGUCUCCAACAGUGCCAGGAUCUCCUACAGUGCCAGGGUCUCCAACAGUGCCAGGGUCUCCUACAGUGCCAGGAUUUCCACAGUGCCAGAAUCUCCCUACAGUGCCAGGGUCUCCUACAGUGCCAGAAUCUCCUACAUUGUCAGGAUCUCCUACAGUGCCAGGAUCUCCACAAUGCCAGGGUCUCCAACAGUGCCAGUGCCAGGGUCUCUAACAGUGCCAGGGUCUCUAACAGUGCCAGGGUCUCCCUACAGUGCCAGGGUCUCCACAGUGCCAGGAUCUCCAACAGUGCCAGGGUCUCUCCAACAGUGCCAGGGUCUCCAACAGUACCAGGAUCUCCUACAGUGCCAGUCUCCUACAGUGCAGGGUCUCCUACAGUGCCAGGUCUCCUACAGUACCAGGGUCUCCUACAGUGCCAGGGUCUCCAACAGUGCCAGGAUCUCUACAGUGCCAGAAUCUCCAACAGUACCAGGAUCUCCUACAGUGCCAGGAUCUCCUACAUUGCCAGGAUUUCCUACAGCGCCAGAAUCUCCUACAGUGCCAAGGUCUCCAACAGUGCCAGGGUCUCUAACAGUGCCAGGGUCUCCUACAGUGCCAGGGUCUCCAACAGUGCCAGGAUCUCCAACAGUGCCAGGGUCUCCAACAGUGCCAGGGUCUCCAACAGUACCAGGAUCUCCUACAGUGCCAGGGUCUCCUACAGUGCCAGGGUCUCCUACAGUGCCAAACUCAGACAAUGAGAGGGCAGAACAAUAUCCGGCACAUAUCUGGCCUUUCCAUCCAUCUCAGACAUUACUCCUGAUGGCCUUAAUUAACCUAAAUUAA